GUGAAGAUGUCGAGUGCAAAUCAAAAGAACAAGCAACGCGAACGAAUCGUUGCAUGGCUGUGACAGAUUUCCUAACCUGAAUAGUCUCGUCAACUUUAUUUUGAUGCUUAUUAUCUCGGUUCAUAGCAAUAGGGCAGAGCAAUACUUUUUUCUGUUAGAGUCAUUCAUUUUGUGUAAAAACGCAUCGUGAGUCUAAUUUCAUUCGAAAUCAGUGAGAAAGAAUCUUUGACUGAUAUAUGAUUUUUCAUCGUAAAGACGUAAAUAUACUGGUCAAAAAAAGUUCUGACGGGGCGAGAAUCAUUGUCGAAUAGGAAGACCGUUUAUACACUCUAAAAACAUGUUACGAACAAUCAAGACCAGAAAUUCCAAAUGCAUCCUCAGUUGCCACUUUUACCUGGCGUGUGCGCAAGCUUCAACAGAGAGUAACAAAGGUAAAUUCUCCGAGAAACUAGCGGAAGGUCCACAAUUUGACGACUUUCUCAAAAACAAUGUUCAAAACUAUAAUGGCAAGUUAAAAUUAGAGAUAGGUGAGUCGGGGCGGAAGAGUUACAGUAGGAUAAAAGCGCAACUGAGGCAAUUACGACUAAGUACGGUUUGCGAAGAAGCCAGGUGUCCUAACAUCGGAGAAUGCUGGGGUGGAAGCACUCACGGUACAGCAACAGCCACUAUUAUGUUAAUGGGAGACACGUGCACUCGUGGCUGUCGUUUCUGCUCUGUCAAAACUGCACGUAAACCACCGCCGUUGGAUGUAGAGGAGCCCAUCAAUACUGCUAGCGCAGUAGCUGCUUGGAAUUUGGAUUAUAUUGUUUUAACAUCUGUAGAUCGUGAUGAUUUAAAGGAUGGUGGAGCUAACCAUAUUGCAUCUACUGUUAAGGAAAUAAAAAAGAGGAGCAAUAUAUUAGUGGAAUGCUUGGUACCAGACUUCAGAGGUGAUGAAAAUUGUAUCGCUACAAUUGUAAAUUCUAAUUUAGAUGUAUUUGCACAUAAUAUCGAAACAGUAGAGCGUUUAACUCCCUUUGUUCGUGAUAUGCGCGCUCGAUAUAGACAGUCAUUGGCUGUAUUAAAAGCAGCUAAAAAGUUAAAUCCCGAUUUGAUUACGAAAUCAUCGAUAAUGCUGGGGCUAGGUGAAACUGACCAGGAAGUCGAACAAACUAUGCAAGAUCUAAAGGACGCUAAUGUGGAUGCUAUAACAUUGGGACAGUACAUGCAACCUACCAAAAGACACUUAAGAGUCAUUGAGUAUAUAACACCUGAGAAAUUUAAAGCGUGGGAAAAUAUGGGGAAUCAACUAGGCUUCUUGUAUACUGCCAGUGGACCAUUAGUUCGGUCAUCUUAUAAGGCCGGAGAAUAUUUUUUAACAAAUAUAUUAAAACAACGGAAGAACCAGCAGAUUGAUGAUCAUGUUACAUCGUGAAUGAAAAAUACGGAAGUGUAGAUAAAUGUUUAAUCGAGACACAAGAUAGGAAAUCAAUAUAAAUAAUGAAUUCGAAAACACCAUGAAAA